AUGACCGACGAAUUGUGCGACAAAAUUGAACAGGAUGAGUUUUAUAAAAACUUCCUCGCCGACAAGCCCAGCCCGGAGCUGCAGCUAACAGUGGCCAUCAGCGAUCAAAUCACCAAACUAUCGGAAGGUAUCGAGCAACUGUCCAGUGCACUUCAGAAGCAAGUUCGCGAGCAAUACGGUGCACUUUUAUCGCAAGCCAAACACGCCGGAACACUAAACGCAUCGAUUGAAUCUAUUUCGAGUCACAUCGAAACUCUUCGCUUCGGUGCCGAACGGUUGCGCCGGCAGAUAACCGUUCCGUACGAUAUGCUCGAAACACAAACCAAGGUGUUGGGACGAUUGCACGAAGCAUCGCAUGUACUACGCCAAUGUGGACGAUUCCUGCAGGUGCACAAGGAGCUAGAAAAUACGGCUGAUCUUGCGGAGCAGGCUAGCAUCGUGAACGAGUUGGAAGGAUUAAUGGAAGAUGUGGAUCUUACAAAGAUAGACUUUCUUCGUGAGGAGAUAAGCACCGUGAAGAAAGCGAAACAGCGGCUUCUAAAGGUAGCGAACCGGGAUCUUUUCGAAGGGAUUCUAAAAAACAAACCCGACCAGGUCGGUGUAUGCGUACGCAUUUUUCACAAUCUGAAAAUUUUACCCAAAUGCCUUAACAACGUCCUGGAAACGUUCAGCAAUUAUCUGAAGGAUGCGGUAAAGGAAUCCUUCGCCGGGACAGAUGUUGCCAAGCUUCGCAAAACGGGCGCCUCGUCGCCAGCCAAGGAACGGUACGAAUCACGCCAACUGAAAGCACCUGGAAAAGCGCCGGCCCUCACCAAUUCUUCCAACUUCCGCACGAAACUGUGGCAAGCGCUAGAAUGGUUGUUCCUCGACGAGCUAUACGGGCACUGUACACAGGUGCUGUUCUUGCAAAAGUGUCUUCUCGAGUUGCCGCUCGGAGACGAUUACACGCUGGCGAAAGAGUUUGAUCGCAAAUUUUGGAACAAUCUGGAGAAACAGUUGUUGAGUUCGUUCAAAUCAGCGCAAUCCCACGUGAUGCAGACGCUUCAACAAGGCCUCCCGAAACUGCUUUCACUUGCCCGUGGUUUGGAAACGAAAAUUGAUCAACAUUUUACGUUCAGCGAGAAAGUUUUCGGUUCACUGGAGGCUGGCUAUCUGGAAAAGUGUGCUAACAACUUUAAAGUCGCACUGGCGGAUAUCGAUUUUCCGAACCAAGAAGUAAUCGACGCACUGGUUCGUGUUGCAUCCGCCGAACUAAAUGCGGCCAUCGUCGAUCCGCGUCUGAUCGGGCUAGUGACGGGUGUGCUGUGUGUAUCGAACAAGGAUCUGUGGAAUAAGAUCGAACGCAACGUUAAGCUUGGUACCGAAACACAGCAAGUGCUUGACAAUCCAAACGUUUCACAAUCGCAAAACAUUACACUAGCAAAUGUGAUCUACUAUCACCAUGAAGCUAUCAAUCGGUUGGUGUCGAAUUUGGGAACGAAGUUCUCUGCCCUAGAUGCAUCGAAACGAUUAACGUCCAGUCUCGUUGAAGGCAAGACUAUAACGAUGGCUAUUUUACAACCACUGAUCGCUUCCAUCCAUUCCGCGGUCAACGUAAUCCUUCUUUCUAUGCACCGUGAACCUGGCCUGAAUUCGAACAAUAUUUCCACCUCCGGCCCGUCGCUGUACAUGAAAGAGCUGCAGGACUUUAUCAUUCGCUCCUGGAACACGCACAUUCUACCGUUCAACGAUCGCGUAGUGAUCGAAGAAGCCGGCCGUAAUCUAGCCAUCCGGUGUAUUGAGCUGUUUGUACAAAAUUUGGCCACAAUUCGGCCAAUUUCCUUCGCAGGCAGGCAACGACUCAAAGCUGACUGUCACCAUCUCGAGGGUGCACUAAAACCGAUCGUACCGGAUCUUUCCUCACUGGGGAAAAGUUUCCGAUUGCUGCGUGCUAUCGCUUCACUGUUUACUGCCACCCCGCAGGAACUGGUUGAGCAGACGGCCGAAGAGGGUGGAGUUGUACCGCCGUACAUCGUACUGUUUAUGUUGUUCGGACACGCUGGCAAUGAUAUGGCAAGUCCGCACGUGACCGCCGGUUGGGGCAAUGAGAAGCUACUGCAGUGGCUGGAAAGCCAUUCCGCGGAAAGGGAACGCCUGGAGCUGAUAACGGGGGCGCUCCAGAAGUAUCGUUCAGUGAUUCGACAGAAAAACAUCACGCAAUACGAUCCCGUUUAUCCGAUCGUUACGAGCUACUUGGAGAAUGUUGCUAAACACUUGAACUAG